UCACGCUCUGUGAAGCAGUUCUAAAAACACUCUAUCCUGAAAGAUUCAGUCCUUCAAUAACUAUCCAGGAAAUAAAGAGCCUCUAGAAGUAUCGUUUUAUGAUGAUGGAAGCCCCUUUGUCCAUUCUGUGACGGAGGCGGAGCGAUGCUGACCUUGGAAUCCUGGACCCAGUCCAACUCAGGUGGAAACAGUGAGGCCACAGCAUCAUCAAGUGCAGGACCAGUGUCAAAGGGUGUUUCAUCUGUCACUCCAUGCUGCUCCUUGAAUUCCGGCUCUGCUCAUGCAUUUGAGGAGCCUUCACGUAAAUGGGUCCAGUCAUGCCUGCCAGCAAGAAGCCAGAAAGCUCAGGAAUUAGUGUGUCCAGUGGACUGAGUCAGUGUUACCCGGGCAGCGCUUUCUCCAAGACCCUUCAGGAAGACGAUGACCUCGACUUUUCCCUGCCUGACAUCAGAUUAGAAGAGGGGACCAUGGAAGAUGAGGAGCUGACCAACCUGAACUGGCUGCAUGAGAGCAAGAACUUGCUGAAGAGCUUCGGGGAGUCGGUCCUCAGGAGUGUCAGCCCCGUCCAGGAGCUGGACGACGACACCCCUCCGUCCCCCGCCCACUCUGACAUGCCCUACGAUGCCAGGCAGAACCCCAACUGCAAGCCCCCCUACUCCUUUAGCUGCCUCAUAUUUAUGGCCAUCGAGGACUCUCCAACCAAGCGCCUGCCGGUGAAGGAUAUCUACAACUGGAUUUUGGAACAUUUUCCGUAUUUUGCGAAUGCACCUACUGGGUGGAAAAACUCAGUGAGACAUAAUUUGUCACUGAAUAAGUGUUUUAAGAAAGUGGACAAAGAGAGGAGUCAGAGUAUCGGGAAAGGGUCAUUGUGGUGCAUAGACCCAGAGUAUAGACAAAAUCUAAUUCAGGCUUUGAAAAAGACACCCUACCACCCACCUCCCACUCCUCAGGCAUAUCAAAGCACAUCAGGUCCACCCAUCUGGCCGGGCAGUACCUUCUUCAAGAGAAAUGGAGCCCUUCUGCAAGAUCCUGACAUUGAUGCUGCCAGUGCCAUGAUGCUUUUGAAUACUCCCCCUGAGAUACAAGCAGGUUUUCCUCCAGGAGUGAUACAAAAUGGAGCACGCGUUCUGAGCCGAGGGCUGUUCCCUGGCGUCCGGCCAUUGCCAAUCACUCCCAUUGGAAUGACGGCAGCCAUGAGGAAUGGCAUCACUAGCUGCCGGAUGCGGACUGAGAGCGAGCCAUCGUGUGGCUCCCCCGUGGUCAGUGGAGACCCCAAGGAGGAUCACAACUAUAGCAGUGCCAAGUCCUCCAACGCCCGGAGCACCUCGCCUGCCAGCGACUCCAUCUCCUCCUCCUCCUCCUCCUCAUCCUCAGCUGAUGACCACUAUGAGUUUGCCACGAAGGGGAGCCAGGAGGGCAGCGAAGGCAGUGAAGGGAGUUUCCACAGCCACGAGAGCCACAGCGAAACGGAAGAGGAUGACAGGAAGCCCAGCCAGAAGGAGGCCAAGGAUGCUUUGGGGGACAGCGGGUACGCAUCCCAGCACAAGAAGCGCCAGCACUUCGCCAAGGCCAGGAAGGUCCCCAGCGACACGCUGCCCCUCAAAAAGAGACGCACAGAAAAGCCCCCAGAGAGCGAUGAUGAGGAGAUGAAAGAGGCAGCCGGGUCGCUCCUGCACUUAGCAGGGAUCCGGUCCUGUUUGAACAACAUCACCAAUCGGACGGCAAAGGGGCAGAAGGAACAAAAGGAAACCACAAAAAAUUGAAAACAAGUCACUGAUUUGUUUUGAACUUAUGGCCAUUUGGUUUCAGCAUGUCAGGAGAUUUCUAAUGAUUUGUGGCAAUAUCAGCAAUUUUUUUUCUUUUCUUUUUUUCUUUUGGUUUGGUUUUCUUUCUUUUCUUUUCCUUUUUUAAUUUGCCCCCUCUCCUUUGCUUUGGACCCUUAAGAAUUUUAUGUUUAAAGGAGAUUGAAGCCAUAGAACUCAUAUUGACACUCAGCUGUUUUACAAAAGCUUUUCAUUAUCUGAGGACAAAACCGAAAAA